UAGUGACGCACAUUCUCUGGGUCCGGACUUCUUCCUUCUUCAACUUCGCUUUGUCUGGUUUGUCACCGUCUUGGAUUCUUCCAGAAUCACAGAUACUACCAUUGCAAACUUGCACGCAAACUACUCUCUCUCUCUCUCUCUCUCUGUCUGUGUAGGUCUGCUCAAAUUCACUCUCAAUCAUAUCAUACACACAUUUCAAUUCCAAUAUCGAGAAUCGAACACCAAGCUGAAUCAAUGGCUUCACUACUCUCAACUACACCUAUUUCACCAUCAACAACCACUCUUCUCCCAACUCUUCUCUCUCUUCAUCCCUCCAAAUCCUCAUUCCUCCCUCCAACGCCUCGGAGGAGGUCACUUCUCUCUCCUCUCCGCGUAGCUGCUCCGCCUCCAACCACCGCCGCCGAAGAACAAUCCCAAUCUCUCUCCGACGGAGUAGAAAUCGAGACCCAAGAUCAUGAAGAGAGCUCUUCCUCUAAGUUCUCUUGGAGAGACCAUUGGUACCCUGUCUCUCUAGUCCAAGAUCUCGACCCUCGCAUCCCAACCCCAUUUCAGCUCCUCAAUCGCGACCUCGUCCUCUGGUUCGAUCGAUCUUCCUCCCAAUGGGCCGCUUUCGACGACAAAUGCCCCCAUCGUCUCGCUCCUCUCUCUGAAGGUAGGAUAGAUGAAAAUGGGCACUUGCAGUGUUCGUAUCACGGCUGGUCUUUUGAUGGUUGUGGAUCUUGUACUCGAAUCCCUCAGGCCUCGUCAGAGGGGCCUGAAGCUCGAGCUGUUCGAUCUCCGAGAGCGUGUGCGACUAGGUUUCCGACUAUGGUGUCUCAGGGUCUGCUCUUUGUUUGGCCAGAUGAGAAUGGCUGGGAGAGAGCUCAAGCCACCAAACCCCCCAUGUUGCCCAAUGACUUUGAGAAGCCCGAGUUUUCAACAGUGACGAUUCAGCGCGAUUUGUUCUAUGGCUAUGAUACCCUCAUGGAGAAUGUCUCUGAUCCUUCCCACAUCGAUUUUGCUCAUCACAAGGUCACAGGAAGAAGGGAUAGAGCCAAGCCUUUGCCCUUCAAGAUGGAGUCUACUGGCCACGGGGGCUUUGCUGGAUCAAAUGAUGAUAACCCAAAAAUCAGUGCUGAAUUCAUCGCACCUUGUUAUUACAUAAAUAAAAUAGAGAUUGACACGAAGCUUCCUAUUGUGGGUGAUCAAAAAUGGGUAAUAUGGAUUUGUUCCUUCAAUGUGCCAAUGGUACCUGGAAAGACCCGUUCAAUUGUUUGUAGUGCCCGAAAUUUCUUCCAGUUCACAAUGCCUGGUCCUGCAUGGUGGCAGGUGGUUCCUAGAUGGCAUGAGCAUUGGACUUCGAACAAGGUAUAUGAUGGGGACAUGAUUGUGCUUCAAGGUCAAGAAAAGAUCUUCCUUUCAAAGUCAAAGGAGGGUUCUAUGGAUGUCAACAAGGAGUAUACCAAAAUUACAUUUACACCCACACAAGCUGAUCGUUUUGUCUUGGCAUUUAGGAAUUGGCUGAGGCGACAUGGCAAUAACCAACCUGAGUGGUUUUUCAUCACUGACCAACAACCAUUGCCAUCUGCAGUCCUAUCCAAACGUCAGAUGUUGGAUAGAUAUGAGCAACACACUCUGAAGUGUUCAUCGUGUAGAAGAGCUUAUACGACAUUCCAGACAUUACAAAAGUUCUUAAUCGGCUCAUUUGUUUUCUGCUCUGCAACUGCUGGGAUCCCUUCAAAUAUGCAGUUGCGGAUUAUUUUGGGUGGAGUUGCAAUUGUAAGUGCUGCGUUGGCUUACGCUUUCCAUGAACUUGAGAAGAAUUUUGUGUUUGUUGAUUAUGUACAUGCGGAAAUUGAAUAACUUCAGGGGGAAAACCUGUUUGAGGCUGCCAUUAACAGUACAUAUGUCAGCAUAGGAAUUACAAACAAGUUUUGAGAGUUUUUACACUAUAGUUCUACACUUGUACAUUGGAUAAUUUGAUAUAUGUGUAUAGCCAGUGUUCCAUUCUCAUGUAUUACUAUUGAAGAAUGAUGUAAUUGAGGUGGUUAUAUAUAUAUGCCAUUUCUGAGAA